GGAUUAUGUCCCUGAAUUAGCCUUGAAAGAAUAUACUAUGACGCAAUUAAGACACUUACAGUGCUGUGAUUCUAUUACUAUCGACCCUCACAAAAGCGGAUACUGCCCAUAUCCAGCUGGUGGGCUAUGCUAUAAAGACAAUAGAAUGAGGUAUCUUAUUACCCGGACAAGUCCAAUUGUGUUUCGAAAUGAUGAAAGCAUUGGUGUUUAUGGUAUUGAAGGCAGUAACCCAGGUGCAGCUCCUGUCGGUGUUUAUCUAUCUCACAAAGUUAUUGAAUUAAACCGAGAUGGUCAUGGUAUAUUACUAGGUGAAGCAACGUUUUCUUAUAAAACAUCUUUCAUUAUUGUUCCAUUUAAUAUACUUCUAGCUGAACUCGAGCCAGAUACGUCUUCCGAAAAAGUUGAAAAACAAAAACAAUUCAUACGUAAUCACAUUGUUAACCGGCCAAAUAAAGAUCUCGUAAAAGAUGAGGAAGCAAUGAACUUAAUUAAAAAACUCGGUUCCGACCUAAUGAUCAACGCAUUUUCUUGCAAUUUUUGCAUUGAUGGUAAUAUAAAUGAAGAUGUCGUUGAAGCAAAUUAUCUAAAUCAAUGUAUUUUCGAAAGAUUAUCAAUCACAAAACCAGACAAUGAAAUGAUGGAUAAAAAACUUAUUUUAACUUCAACAGUGUUUAAACAAGAGGAUUACGGAGAAUAUUUAACCAAUUUUAAAAAGUGUCUUGCCGGAAACUUUUUUAGUCAGUUGGCAAAAGAUUUUAAGCAAAUUUUAGAACAGGAAGUGAAGGCACGUAAUAUUUAUAUGAAUAAUAUUGUUGCACCUGAUUAUCAUGGAUUUAUUAUUCAAGGGAUUGAAAAAAUUCAUCUUGUUCAUCUUCCUAUGUUUAACAUGGAGAACCACAGAUAUCAACUAAUUCUUCAAGCAGAAAUCCUUGAGGAAAUUAUGUGUGAAUAUAUUAGAGAGAGAAAAAAAAAUCCGAUGCAAAUUUUCAUUUUAGGAAAUCAAAAUAAAACAACAUUGAAUGACAUAAUUUCAGGAAAAGAGUUUUUAGCUGUGAUUGAUAAAGGUCUUCCUCCGCCUAGUGGCCAACAUUGGAAAACGGAUGUUAAAGUGAAAAAUAUUAAAGUUAUUAAAAAAUGUGGUCUCCAAACAAGAUAUCUUGAUGAUAAUUACCCAAAAGAUCACAUGCCAUUUUAUCUCUAUAGCACAGAAAAUGAACUACAUAUCGAUCAUCUUUUGGUUAAGUCACCAAACAUUCAACUUAGUGCCGAUUGGGUUAAAUUCAAAAUUCAGACUGGUUUUCCAGUUAAAAUUCAAUGGGAAAAUGGAGUUCUCGCAUAUUUCACAGAUAUUCGAGAAGUUACUAUCCAACCUUUUCCAGCUGUCAACUCUGUUGAUAACCCAGAACCAGACUUCUUUUUUCAACCUGAUAGAAAAUAUAAAGUAGAGCUUUAUGAAGAUAAACUUAAUCUAACCGAUAUUUCUGGAAUUUCACCAUUUGUCCAAGAACAUUUUCUUAUUUUUCGAAUGACUUCAAAGGACCUUGAAAUCAUUGGUCCUUUAUGGGAAUUUUGUGUCAUUGC